AUGGGGAAGAAAGAAGAAAACAAUGAAAAGAAGGAAUCAGAAAAGGGGGGUGUGGUGUUGAAAGCAAAUAUACACUGUGAAGGUUGUUCUGACCAAAUUUCAAAGUGCUUGAAAGGUUUUGAAGGAAUAACUCAUAUAAGGAUUGAUAGAGAAAAUUCAAAGAUCUAUCUAAAAGGUGAAGUUAUAAAAGAUCCAUCAAAAGUUUUGGAAAGACUUCAAAAGAAAUUCAGCAAAAAUGUUGAGCUAAUUUCACCAAAACCAAAGCCUGAAAUCAAACAAAAAAAAGAGCCAGAAAAAAAGGAACAGGCAAAAGCAAAAGUGAAAACUAUGGUGCUUAAGAUGUAUAUUCAUUGCGAAGGCUGUGCAAAUGAUGUCACGACAAAUAUUGGGAAAAUGGAAGGUGUGGAAUCUGUGGUAUUGGACGAGGAAAAAUCACAUGUGACUGUAAGAGGAACAAUUGAGUCUUCAAAGGUUGUUGAAUAUGUCAAAAAGAAAUUUGGAAAACAUGCUGAUAUCAUAAAAGAAGAUGAAAGAAGAGAUCAAGGAAAACAAGAUCAAGAAAAAAACAACAAUGAGAGAGACAGUGUACACAUAAUUAUGUUUAGUUAUCCUCCUCAAUACUCCACCCAAUAUCUUUACCCUAAUCAAAAAUUUAAUGAUGAAAAUGCUUUUGCAUGUUCAAUAAUGUAA